ACAACGAUGUAAAGGAAAAUUCCUUCGGGAGUGAACAAAACACUUAUUGCAUGGGCAUGUAAAAGCCAUUUCAUUUGAUUAGAUUUUCCAUCUACAUGUAUGUAUAUAUAUAUAGAAUUCCUAGAAAGCGAUGUCGUUAUCAAAUUCAUCAUGCGUAUUGCCUAAUAAAAGCUAAGAGACAGGCCAUAGAUGGUUUAAUAGAGCUAAAUAAUAAUUGUAUAGUCGUACCUCCAACUGUUUUGCAGGUCAAUUGGAAUUAGAGUAUAUAUAUAUGAGUCUAGCAAUACAAUUCAAGUAACGAAGUAUGAUUUGCAUUUUCGGAAAAUAUCAAUCCACAAUGAUAUGUACCACUCCUAUGCAUCUCCCGGCUUCGAUAAAAUCGGAUUAAAAACAGGCCAGAUCAACCUAUCAAAUUGGUUCACGGCAAAUACAGAUGGCGAUCGUCUUGUUGAUAGAUAAAUAUUAUUAUUGUUAACUAAAAUGUUAAAAUGAUGAAUUCGCCAAAAGACUUCGAAGAAGAUUUUUUAUCCUGUUUAAUAUGCUUCGGGAAAUUUAACCACCCCAAAACUCUGCCAUGUCUUCACACAUUUUGUCUUGAGUGCUUAAGAUCAUACAUAAAAACAACCACACAUUACCAGAAUGGAACGUCAUUCAAGUGUCCAACGUGUAGAGAUUUAGCGGCUGUGCCACAUCCCCAAAGUCCAGAUUGGGCAAGUCAAUUUAAAACCAAUUUUUACGUUAACAAUUUAAUGGAGGCAGCUGCAGCGACUAAGACAGCUCCACAAAACACGUUGGUUAGUUCCGCCGACUCCACGCUUCUGUCCAAUAAAAUAGCCAUAAAAAAGAAAUCCGAAAUUGCAGCACAUCAAUCGCAAAUAAAGCCUUAUCUGUUGUCUUUGGAUCUGGUGUGCAUAGAACUCGGAAAGGAACUGACGAGUAUGAAAAGUGAAAAGGAAAGAAUCAAAAAUGUAAUAUUGGCACAAUCUAAACAACUUCUACUAAUGGUCCAAAAGGAAACAACCAAAUGUUUGGGGCGAUUAGAAUCGAUAUCAUUUGAAAUUGAUGGAACUCUGCAAAGUCGGAUUGAUUCAACCCAAAGACUACGUUCAUCUGUUGAAAGUACAUGUAGUGACAUGGACACUCUAAUUAACGGAUCCGACACAAAAAUAGUUGAAGACGGGGAACGAAUUUUGGGUGAAAAACAGAGACUUAUGAGUAUAUUGCCAACUUCAUUGGAGAUUCCAGUUUUUAAAAUCAAAUAUAAUCCUGGUGCUAUUAACAUUGGCGAUGUUAUAGGAACUCCUGAUUAUAAAACGGAGAAUCGAGUACUGCCGCUUGAUGAUGCCAGAGGAGUGCCCAAACCAUCGCCCUAUUUCAAUCCCAACAAUAAGUUGACGUAUUUUUCUAAAUUGGAAACAAAAGUAAAAGGCGACAAACACAACCCAUCCAUCCGGGAUAUUGCCCUAUUACAAAUACAAAGUGGUACGAUGGUGGUUACAGAUUCAGGCAAUAAUUGUAUUAAAUCGUUUUACAACAAUAAGGGGGCCAAAAAGGACAACAGUCGACUUUCUACAGGACUUCCUCCACAUGCUGUCACGGUAAUCAACGCACAAAACAAGAUCGCAGUUACCAUACCAAAAGCUAAAGAAAUCUAUGUUGUAAAUGUUACUCCGAAUCUCGCACUAGAAAAACAGAUAAGGACACACAAGAAAUAUUGGGGUAUAACCAGCAUAGAUGGGGGCAAUUUUGCUGUUAGCACUUGUCCUGGUAGUGAAGCUGGGGUGAUUGAUAUCAUUAACCUGACAGGCGAGGUCUUGCAAAACAUCCAUACAGCUGGUCUCUUUCCUAACCCUCUUUAUCUUACAUCGUUAUCCACAGGGGACAUCAUCGUGUCAGAUUGUACAGUUCAAAAAGUUGCUGGACUGCGCCAAAACGGCGAUGUUAUAUUUGGAAAAGAUAAGCGUUUUAUUCGGCCCAUGGGAGUGGCGUGUGACUCUUUUGGAGGAAUUCUGAUCGUUGAUGCAAAUCAAAACGUAAUUGUUAUGAACGGACAAGGUGUGGUUCAAAACAAGUAUGCCCUCCAGUGUAAAGACACCAAAAAAGAAGUCAUUCGCAGCUUGGCUGUGCAUGAAAAUAUAGUGUAUCUCGUGUCAGAAGACUCGCUCGCAUUUACCUUUCUGCUACAGUAAACUCGACGAGUUUAUCACUUAGGGUCAAAUUUCUAACAGUAAUAAUAGCAAUUUGGUGUUCCUAGACCGAUAACACCUUUGUUAAAAACAUUCCAAUACUAAUAAAACUGUCAAUUGGUGGUGAU